ACGCGUCGCCUCGUCCUUUGACAUCAGCAACGGCUGCAUCCUCACUGGGACCCAGAGACACAAAGGCUUGUUGUGUAACUAACUGAGGGCUUUACUGGUUCACUGGUUGCAGUGGGGAAAUACGCAUUAAGGUUGUUUUUUUUGCAGUUUGUGUGGUUACGUUCAUUAAGACAUUCCUGAACGGAUUGGGACGACAGAGAUUCGAGGGCUUUACAUAAUAAAGUACACGCUUUUCACGUGAAAUGCCCCUUUAAAAGCGGGCUCCCUUCGGCCACAAUAAGGCACAUCGUAAACUAGAGGACUGGGUGGAGUGAAAAGUCUGUGACAGCUGCGCUUUAUAGUGUCAAUACGACUUCAGGAUGGUCUCGUCUUACCCUUUACCGGAGGGCUUCUCCGACUUUGAUGUGUUCUCCCUAGGAUCGUGUCUGCUUGUGGAGGGUCUGCUGGGCUUCUUUUUAAAUGCGGUGACAAUCGUUGCUUUCCUCAAAGUGAGAGAGCUGAGGACCCCAAGCAAUUUCCUAGUGUUCAGCUUAGCGAUGGCUGAUAUGGGCAUCUCUAUGAAUGCCACCAUCGCCGCUUUCUCCAGCUUCCUGAGGUACUGGCCUUAUGGCUCUCAAGGAUGCCAGACUCAUGGCUUCCAUGGCUUCGUGACAGCUCUCGCCAGCCUCCACUUCAUAGCCGCCAUCGCCUGGGACAGAUACCACCAGUACUGCACAAGGACAAAACUGCAGUGGAGCAGCGCCAUCACUCUGGCUGUAUUUAUCUGGCUCUUCUCUGCCUUUUGGUCUGCCAUGCCCCUCAUUGGCUGGGGAGAGUAUGACUACGAGCCCCUUAGGACAUGCUGCACUCUGGACUACAGCAAGGGAGACAGAAACUAUGUGUCCUACUUGAUCCCCAUGGCCAUCUUCAAUAUGGCCAUCCAGGUGGUUGUUGUCAUGUCCUCUUACCAGUCCAUUGCACAGAAAUUCAAGAAGACUGGAAACCCCAGGUUCAACCCCAACACUCCUCUUAAGACUUUGCUGUUCUGCUGGUGCCCCUAUGGCAUCCUGUCUUUGUACGCCGCUGUGGAGAACGCCAACCUGGUGUCCCCCAAGCUCAGGAUGAUGGCUCCUAUCCUGGCUAAGACCUCUCCCACCUUCAAUGUCUUCCUGUACGCUUUGGGAAAUGAGAACUACAGAGGAGGCAUCUGGCAGUUCCUCACUGGGGAAAAGAUUGAUGUGCCUCAAAUUGAGAACAAGUCCAAAUAAACUAAGCAUGAAUAAUUACACAUACUUAGUGUCCUUGUGGCUUCUCUAGAUACCUAGAUGUUUCUGUCUGUGGGUAGUGUGCAUGCGUUGUGUCUUAAACAGUGGUAGUCAUGGUCCCUGAUAAACAUCUGCCCUGAAUUUGCUGUCAUUUGUUUCUGCAGUUGUGUUUUGUAAAGGAUUUUGUCAACUGAAAAAGUGAAUUGCCAUAUUGUUAAAAGUUAACAAAAUGUUCAAACACUUCCUCUUGGAAGGGACUACUAAGCGCAGCAGUAUUUAAUUGUACCACGUAAAUGCAACCAAAAACAUUGGACUUGACCACUUCUGUAACAGAUUUUUUUGUUUUCUUGAGUCAAUGGGAAAUGUCUCUCAUUAACUAGGGGGAUGAAUUUUAUUUGAGUUUACCCUAAGAAAUGCUUUCUGUAAACAGACAUCAUUCAAGAUGCCCAAAUAUUCUAUUAGUUUCAAGGUUGAUUUAACAGUCCUACAAAGAAAGUAAUGUAACAGCUAACAGAGGAUUCAUGUCACAGAGUGUAUGACUUCCAUGUGUGCAUGCCACUCUUGUCAUGUUCUGUACAGUCAUGUGUGACCUCUGUAUCCAGAGUCCUUCACUAAUCCUCUAAACAAGAGGACCAUUCUUCAAUACACAACCCCCACGACAAGUUAGAGAUUAGUGGGUGGCUGUAGAUUAACUGGACGCCCUUCUCACCAGCAGAUUUGCAUAUUAAAUAAAGAUAAAAGUCUGUAUGACAUUUAAAUAGAGAAAUAAGAGAAGUAAGAAUUAUUUAUUGGUAUUUACUAACAUAAUUUAAGUGGUAUAUUCCUGGUUUAGAUUAGGCUUUAAAAUGUAAAGCCUAAUCUAGUGUCUGACUAAGAUACUAUGUAAUUUAUCUAUUUAACUUGUGCAAAUCAUAAUAAGAAAAAAAGACAAUACAAAUGUUGUGUUUUCACAUUCAUAAUAAACCUUACCUUAAAAAUGGCAUUACUUUGAAAUUUCUUUAAAAAUGUAUUGUCUAACCACAGCUUUGUUAUCAAAUAACCAAUAUUCUUACAGUAAGUUUCAAAAAGCAAGUAGUAGCCUCUCAUGGUAUUUGUUUUAUUGUAGCAUAUGAUUUUAGUAUAUAACAGCAUAAUAAGGAAUGUUAUCAACAUACCACACACUUUAUCAGACUUGGGGUCAAAGUGGAGUGUGUUUUUUUUAGUUGAUCUAAAAAGGUGGACACCUUUUAAACAUAGGAUA